AUGGAACAAAACAAUGAGACAUCUGGGGGAGAUUUUAUUUUGCUUGGAUUUUCAGACCAGCCCCAAUUGGAGGUCAUCCUUUUUGCAGUAGUUUUGAUAUCCUAUCUUCUUACCCUCUUGGGCAACACAGCCAUCAUCCUGGUCUCCUGUCUGGACCCCAAACUCCACACACCUAUGUAUUUCUUCCUCACAAAUCUCUCUUUUCUUGACCUUUGCUUCACUACCAGCAUUGUUCCCCAGCUGUUGUGGAACUUGAAGGGACCAACCAAGACUAUCACACCAACUGGCUGUGCCGUACAACUCUGUGUGUCACUCUCAUUGGGCUCCACUGAGUGUGUUCUCCUUACAAUCAUGGCAUUUGACCGCUAUGUAGCUGUCUGCAGACCUCUCAACUACUCUACUAUCAUGCACCCAUCAUUUUGCAAAGCUUUAGCAGGAAUAGCAUGGCUAAGUGGAGUAGGAAAUACUCUUAUCCAAGGAACUAUCACCCUUCAGCUCCCUCGAUGUGGACAUCACCAACUGCACCACUUCUUGUGUGAAGUGCCUGCCAUGAUCAAGCUAGCAUGUGUUGACAUCCAUGCAAAUGAAGUCCAGCUCUUUGUGGCCACAUUAGUGCUCCUCCUUCUUCCUAUGGCAUUGAUAUUGGUCUCCUAUGGGUUCAUUGUGCAAGCAGUGAUGAAACUGAAGUCAGUCCAAGCAUGGCACAAAACUGUUGGGACCUGUGGUUCCCAUCUGAUAGUGGUGUCCCUCUACUUUGGGACCAGCUCAGUCAUAUACAUUCAACCAAAGAGAUCCUAUGGUCAUAGCCAGGGCAAGUUCCUUACACUCUUUUACACUGUUGUAACUCCCACUCUCAACCCUCUCAUAUAUACUCUGAGGAACAGGGAUGUGAAAGGAGCCCUGAGGAGACUGUUGAGAAGCGAUCAAAAUUCCUAA